AUGAAUGAUGCUGAUCAGAACAAAGGUAAUCAACAACCUUUGAUGUUUCUGUCAAGUGGUAAGGUUGAGGGUAAUAUAGAUGGUAAUUCAAAGGAGCAGUGGCAAGAAGUUAAAGACAAUCGAGUUAAGGCUAUUAUUAAUCAGACUGAAGCUCAAGGAAAUACUGGAAAAAAAAAUAGUUCUACAGCUCCAGUUUUUAAUCCUAGCCCAGCUAGGAUUGUCUCUACGAAUGGGUGUGUGGAUACGAGUCCUAAUGGGAAAAGGAAUGAUGAAUCUAGAAAUAAGGAAUCCACAGCUCAAUGGGUACAAAGAACUUUUAAUGCUAAUACAGUUGCUACUAAUACCUCAUGUCAAGAUACACCAUCACAAGAUUCUCGUGUGGAAGGAGAGUUGGCCAAAAAGUUAGAAAAAAUACAAGCUGUUGGUGCUAAGAUAAGGAGUGAAUCGGACAAUGAAGAAGAUGAAGUUCCUGAUGGAGUACAAGAUAGUGAAGAAUCAACUGAUGAUGAACAAGAGGAAGAGGAACAAAGUGUAAAUGGAGAUGCCAUUCUUACUGCUAAGAUCACUAAUGAAGAGAAUCUAAACAAUGUCUAUAUUGAUCCCAAAGACCAGAAUAUUUCUAAGGAGGGACAGGUGAAUACAGGAAGAGAUGGGGUAGGUACAGAGGACCCUGAACAGAUUGGAGUGGAUGUUGUUGAUCCAGGAGGAACUGGAGAUAUUGCUGCACAUAAUGUGAAUGCUAACAUGAAUAAAAAGGAGAUUGUAAAGGCUGGGAAUGAGCAGGUGUCCAGUAGUCAACCACCUGUGGAAACUGGAAGUACUAUUCCAUUGGAAAUUGUACAGUUGAAGCUGCAGAAGAAAAUAGAGGAACAUGCCAUGGUUCCUAAUCCUCGUAAAUCCAACAUAAUGGCUGCAUUAGGUGACAAUGAUGUAGAUGAUCAAGUUGAAAGACCGUGCAAUGAUUUAGAUGAAGAAUCAACUACUCAAAAUUUCCUUAAUGUAGCUAAAUAA